CUCUACUACUUCAAAUUUUGAAAGUGAUGACAAUGAGAACCUUACUCCAAAGCUAGUAUAUGUUUCGAAUACAUAUAGAUUGAAAGAUAUAUAUAUAUACAUAUAUAUAUAUAUAUAUAUAUGGUUGGAGAGAAAUAAAAAGUGUUAUGGUGUUUGAUCUUUUGCAGGUUUCACUGAUCAUCAUCAUUAGGAGGAGAUCAAAUGGAGCAAAACCCAUCUGGAGUUCAACAUAAUGAUGGACCCCACAAAGCCUCAUCAAGAAAGCACCACCAUUGCCCAGUGGACGAAACCGGAGAUUCUAUCAAGUGUUCCGGCAAGUGUUGCCGAUCAUGCACCGCCGGGAUGGUUGCUGACUGUGUGGCUAUCUGUUGCUGUCCCUUCGCUGUUGUCAACUUUUUGGCUCUUGCAUUCAUCAAGGCUCCGUGGAUGAUGGGGAGGAGGUGUUUGGGUCUCGGGAAAAAGAAACGUCAGGGGAUGGAAAGGAAGAGAAAAUGUGAAGAGAGAAGUGAUAGUGAGUGCGAGGAGGAUAGAUAUGGAAAUUGUAGGAAGGGAAGGGUAGAGGAUGGAACAUGGGAAAUUUUAAGAGGGUUGGAAGUAGAUGAAGAGCAAGAGGACAAUUUUGAGGCAGAUAGGGUUUGGUUGGAGUUGUAUCAGUUGGGUCAUUUGGGUUUUGGGAGGGUGUCCUUCACUGGAAUUCAAUCUCAAAGGUAAGGGCAAUUAGGGAAUGUUGUUGUUUAUGAAGUUAAUUAAUCAGUCUUUUACACUUUUACAUUAUAUA